ACUUCUCAAUCUCCCCACAACCGCAAAACUUCUCAAACUAAUUCCCUCUCUCUCUACAUGGAAGAUCAAGUGCUCCAAAACAGUCCCGAUCCCGACGACCGAACCGGCCGCGAGCUGUCCCGAACCGGCCGGUCGAGCGUGGACAGCUCGCGGCCGUUCCGGUCGGUGAAGGAGGCGGUGGCGAUAUUCGGAGAGCGGUUCUUGGCCGGCGAGAUCUACUCUCCGAAGCCCUUCGCCUUCCCCAAGAAGGAGACGCCGUUCUUCGCGCCGUCUCCGGAGAGGGGGGACCCCUCCGGCGCGGCGGAGCUGGCCGAGAGCGUGAAGAAGCUGGAGACGGAGCUGGAGGAGACCAAGGCGGAGCUGAAGCUGCUCAGGGACAGAGAGUCCGAGACCGAGGUGGCCCUCGCCUCCUUGAACGCGGAGCUCCACCGCAGCAUGUCCAAGAUGGCGAGGGCCGAGGCCUCCGCCGCCGCGGCCAAAGCCAAGGCGGCGGCGGCGGAUCGGGGGCCGUCGGUGAACUUGGCGCAGGUGCUGAGUGUGGAGGAAGAGAAGAUAAGUGUGUUGCUUGGAGGGAAGAAGAAGGAGAUGAAGAUGAAGAAGAAGCCCAUUAUACCUCUCGUCGGAGACUUGUUUUCCAAGAAAAAGAGGUCGCCGGCGGCGGCGGCGAAUCUGCAUAAUCCUCUCUAUGCAUCUUCUCAUCUUCUAUGAGUACUGUACACAUGUUUGCUUUGUAUUUCUGAUUUCUGGUAGCUCAUCUUAUUUUGAAUUAUAUGUGAAGGAAAAAGAAAAAAAAGAGAGAUCGAUGGAGUGGAUGAUGAGAUGAUUUUGUGGUGAAUGGUAAUUGUCAUGUAAUUUUGAAUGUUAUUAACUCUUUGAGGGCUGGUGCGGCCGCACUAAACCCUCGUAAUAUAAGGGUUUAAUUAAAUCAUAUUAAGAUUUUUUUUAGCCAAAA